CGAUUGAAACAAAUUUUCUGUUAAACUACAAAACUUUUAGUACACUAUAAAAGCUAUAUAACAAUAAUACUUUUGAUACAUAUCCACAACAAUAAUACAUUGAAUUUGUGAUUAUAAUUAUUGCAAUUAAAUAAUAAUGGCUUUGAAUCUGUUUUUGCCGUAUCGCUCGUCUGUUUUUCGCCGAAAUCAACAUUUGUUUGAUUGGCCGCAGAGUUUGUUUGAUUUGGAUUUAAAUGAAUUGGACGACCACUGGAACCGAUCAAUGAGUCAAUUGAAUCAAAUUUCUGGAUCAUCACAAGUGGCCAAUACUGGCGAUAAGUUUUCGGUAAAGUUAGACGUUAGUCAUUUCAAACCCGAAGAAAUUGAAGUCAAGACUAUUGGCAAUAGUAUUCAAAUUCAUGGCAAACACGAAGAAAGAAGUGAUAGUCACGGAUGGAUUGCACGAGAGUUCACCCGACGGUACGCUUUGCCCGAUGGCUGCAAAGCCGAGGAAGUGAUGUCGAGUCUUAAGCCGAAUGGUGUGCUGACUAUUGAGGCCAAGAAAGAACAGUUGCCACCAAUCAGUGGUGUUGAACGUGUGGUUCCCAUCGCUAUCACCGAAGGAGACAAACAAUAAAUUUGUUUUUUUGGUUGAUUUGUUUAUCAAUUAUUCAAUUGAUUUA